GCUGUUAGAUUUGCGUUCGUGGAGUGGUCUGCAGUGAACUGCUAGUGAUCGUGCUGUUCGUUUGGCGCCUGCCGAGCUUUCACGAUGUCAGAAACUGAGCCUUCUAACUCUGUACUUUUUGUCUGUCUCGGAAACAUCUGCCGGUCCCCGAUUGCCGAGGCUGUCUUCAGGCACAUCGCUAAAGAGAGAGGCGUAUUAGACGAUUGGGACGUGGACAGUGCGGCCACUGGCGACUGGCACAUCGGCUGCAAGCCCGAGAAGCGUGCCAUCAAGUGCAUGAAGGACCACAAUGUCGAGAUGGAUCACCGGGCCAGGCUGGUGACAACCGAGGACUUCAGCCGCUUCCAGUACAUCUUUGGCAUGGACGAGGCCAACAUCUCGGACCUGCGCGAGUUGGCGCCCAAAGGCAGCAAGGCGCGGAUCGAGCUUCUUGGAAAGUACGACCCCCAGGGGAAGACCAUUAUUCGAGAUCCGUACUACGACAACGGAAGCCAGGGCUUCGAGGACGUGUACGAACAGUGCCUGCGCUGCUGCAAGGCUUUCCUGGACGAGGUGGUCAGCUGAGUGCGGGUUCCAGCUUGGCUCGCUUGGGGGCGCUGGCGGCUGCCUCCUCCAGGC